UACCCCCCCUGGGGCUUCCAUCACAUACUCAAGUACUAUAAUUUCUUUUCUUGCAAUGGUUCUACUUUCUAUCUUUUUUUUUAACACCUUAGUUUACUGAUAGCAACUUUACAAGUAUCUCUCUCUUUAAUACUUUAUGCACGAGUUGGCCACAGACGCCCUUUGAUUACUUAGUUCAUCGCUAACAUGCAUGUAGGUCAUGUAUGCUAAACCUGCGUAAACUAAUAUCAGUUCAUUAACACUUCCUUUUUUCGUUAUUAGAGUUAUGGACUGAAUCUGAACCAGUUCGACUAUAGAAUUGAAAUCUUCCCUUCCAUUUUAGAUGACUCGUUUUUUACAAGUAGCAGGUAUAAAUUAAAGAGUUAUCGGAUUGAGGACCAGAAAUUAUCAUGGAGAGAAAUAAAGCAAUUACCGUGCAGUUCAUUUUGGCAUCAACAGCAUUUUCAUUUUUAUUCUCAUUAAAACAAUGACUUACUUGAUUAACAAAACAAACACACGUAUGCAUGUAAUGAACUUGUCAACGAACCAAUCAUUGCAUUCGCCGUGUCGAUACCAAAGUGUGAACUUUUUAUUCUGUUUGUUUGGUUCCUAAUAAAUCAUUUAACGCGUUUAAUUUUGCAUUUCUCUUGUCAGGAAACAGUUUCUUUUCUCUUUUGGAAGGUUAGGCUUCGUUGUAGCGCUUAUGAAAUUAAGGGUUAUCAGUUGGGAAACUUUAACAAGUCGUGGAGUCGAAAUUACAGAGCGCAAGUGAAAAAAAAGUUUCAGUUUUAAAAAAAAUAUACUCAUGACUUUUUUUCAAAAAUUUUCUAACUUUCGAGUAAUAAUUUCACCUGCUAACGUUAUCGUAAUUACGUGUGUCCUUUCGAAACAUGUAAUGAAUAUAUGGAAAAGAUUUGAAUCGUAAAACACAGUCGCAGGUGGCGAGAAACAAACUGAGAGAUCAAGCUCGGCUAAGCGGAGAAACGAAGAAAUUAAUCAUUCAAUUGGACAUGAAGUUUCUGAGGUCUGUGUACAGUUUCAUUUGAAUUAUGUUUCUUGACAUUUUGUAUUUCUCUGGAGUAUUCGCAAUCCUCACGCAACUAAAUAUAGCUCAAUACAUAAGUUUGAAAGGUUCUCUCGACGAUGGCUAUAGUGGAGUAUUUGUUUACGGCAACUGUUUUCCAUUUUUAAACCACAAACUUAAUACAACACCGUUCGAAUCCCGUGCCGUAGUUGCUACAGAGGAUUGUAUAGAGGCAUGCACCGUCAGUCAUCGAUGCCGCUCGAUAAAUUUCAAAGCUGUUCCUGAAAAAGAUAAGAAAUUUAUAUGCCAACUCCUGGAAUCAGACAAGUUCAACUCGACUGAUUUGUUCGCUGCAAGUUUGGAUUUUCAUCACUACAGCUUCGUGGCCCCUUGUGAGCGCAAUCCAUGUAAGAACGGAGGGACCUGCGUACCAGAUCACCAGAAGUACGAAUACAAGUGCGCCUGCGUCAGAAGCACAAAGGGAAGCCAUUGCGAUAAGUUUUACCAGAGUUGUGCCGAGCUGCGCGAUGUUGGAGUGACCGAAAGUGGGAUAUACAUGAUUCAAGAUCAACAUAGCGACAGCGGGUUUUAUGUUUAUUGUGAUCAAGAACACAUCGAGGGAGGAUGGACCAUGGUAUUCAAAGCGGUGUCUGGUAUAGGAUCUGAUGUUUAUCAAUUGUGGUCCGCCUCAAACGGUUUAUUCGAAGAGAAAAUUGAAGCCCUGAACGUAAACUCGUCGUUCAGAAAUCAUUACAAGAACCGCCUGGUGAACAGAUGGCAAACUGUUGCUCCUAAGGAGGCUCGCGUAGCUCUUUACAAAGAUGGAAGUGAACUGUUCUCCAUUGUCUUUAACGCCUCAAAGAGCAACAAUGAAAACUGGUUUACAAAAAAUAGAGUCAUUUCUUCACCAUGGACUGACUUGAAGAGCAAUCUGCCUACUUACUUUUCUAUUCCUGGGGCCGAUGGACGACGAUUUUAUGUCCAUGGGCCCCACCCUGGGUGUGAUGGAGACUAUGGAUGGCUCUCUAUUACCCAGUACCACUGCACAUACGAGACAAGCCUCCCGAGCACAUCUUUCAUAUACAGCAGACUUCAAACCAAAACCAACUGGAAUGUUCAGGAAAAUGUUGGCGUCGCAGAUGUCUUAGUGGUGUAUAUUCGCUGAGGCGUUGACGACUAUUGGCCUAUCUGA